AAUGCUUACCUCAGCCACGUGACCGACCAAACAACGUUGUCAGAGGAACGGUCCUUUUCUGUUUAUCCUCCCUCGACUCACACGCGGCUACGCCUUUACAGCCCCAGUAGGCUUGCGACUCGCUUUUUGGAGUUUGGAUUGUGCAUUGCGAGUUCUGUUUGUCUCUGGGUGUCAUUUUGGUUUUGGUUUGAGAAAAGUGUGCCGUGGAAAGUGCAGGGUCAUCGCCGUGGUUACCACUUCCUCCACAACGCAAAUGGGCAUAAUGCCGCCAGAACUGGUGUGGUGUCCCAGACAACACAGAUUGCCCCCCAGAGCCGACCUGGUACGGCAGACCCUAUGCGGGCACGGUCAGAAACUGCUUCCAGAGCUGGUCGUCGUCCUCGUUCCCGAGGCUCAACAGCGAGCAUUCACUCGAGUACGACACAACAAACACAAGACCAGCACCUCGACGGUUUCCCGCAAUUUAUGCCCUCGCAAGUCCCGGGCCAACACAUGUUUGGUGGUAACCCAGAGGAUAUGCUGAUGCGAUUUGGGCACCAGUUUUCUCACCACUCGAACAGUCCGUCUUUGGACCAAUCAAUGCACGACCAUACCGCGAUGCCUCGAGCAGAUGAGUUCCAGAACCACGCGAUGCACGACCACACCCUUGCCCACCAACCCAUACAACCACCAAUGCCGCAUGCAAUUCAUGCAAUUCCACAAUAUCAGCCUGUUUAUGACAGUGGAGUUGAAAACCAUUUGCCUGAUCACAUCACCGAGGAUCAAGACAUGUCUGAACAAGGCGCAAAAAAGAAAAAGGGGGCUAGCUCGACAUUGGCAAAUGACAUGGAACUGCGGAAAUUGCUCCGCCAGUAUGAGGGAUGGACCCUGAAGCAGAUGGCAGCAGAGGUCAUGAAGCAUGAAGGUGGUGGAGGCAAGGCCGAAAAAGUGAAGCAAGUCUUCGCCAUGAUCUGGCUGAGAGAAAACUGCCGCAAGAGUACUGGCUCAGUGCGUCGUGACCGUGUUUACUGUUGUUAUGCAGAGAACUGUGGCACAGAGCGAGUUUCAGUAUUGAACCCUGCUUCUUUUGGCAAACUCGUUCGCAUCAUCUUUCCCAAUGUGCAGACUCGACGACUUGGAGUUCGAGGUGAAUCCAAGUACCACUAUGUUGACUUGUCGGUCAUUGAGGAGAAGCAACAAAAGCUUGCACCCCUCAAUCCUCAAGCCAACCAAAGCGUCAAUGGUCCCCUGCCGCCAUCAAGACCUGCCAGUGCGCUGCGCUCGAGGAGUGCCAGUGUACAGCAGCCGACCGCCGACACCGCCGUUUUCCCUUCCCCCCCCACCUCGUUUGCUCCUCGAUUCCCAAGCCAUCCUGCACCUGGUGAUUGCAAUUGCCAGUCCCAGAACCCCAAUGGAUCAGAUGAAACAAUCACUCGUGAAAAUGUGGCUCAACAAGCUGGAAAGAUGAUUCAUCAAAUGUUGCAGUUCCCGCUGGAUGAGAAUCCUCUGGUCGAUAACGAAGCCCUUCAACUCCCCGAUAUCCGCCCCUACCUCCCCGCGAACAGUGACUUGAAAGUUGCUGCAGCCCUUGCUGCUCUCUACCGCUCCCAUUGCAUCUCUGUUAUCGACAGUUUCCGUUACUGCAAGGAAAGGAAUCUCAUGAAAUACUUCUCUGCUUUCCAUGGCACCUUGACUGUCCCUGUUCAGAAGAUGUUGACACACCCCAACGUUGCCCCGUGGAUCAAGGAGUGUGAUUGGAUGAUGUAUCAGAAGAUGAUUGCUUUUGUGGCACCCCUGACAACCCAGGUGGUCCCCAAACCGGUUCUAGAUGCCUUCAACUCUAUCUCACAAAGACUCUGCGGUCAUAUUUCCGAGACAUUCAAGGCUCAGCCAACUCAUGUUUCACUCGCACGACUGAUUCCCGCACACAUCUUCUGCAAUCUCCUCAAGCACAUGCUGGAUGUGAACCAGGCUGCCAAUGCUGCUGCCGCCUGGCUUUGCCAUCCCGACAACCGGAACCAGAUGUGGUUUGACUACAAGACCCUGGUCAACCCUCGUGACAUGAUGACCAAGGCCAAUAUUCCGACGUGUGCUGAGCUGGCCACAGAGCAGAUUCUCAAGCAUGAUGUUCGCGCACUUCUCACCCCAUUGACCGACGCAGACCCCACCACGGCCUUGCCUUUCUUCACGAAACCUGAUUCACCUGAUUCCGUCGAGGCUCACAAGUUUCCCGUUGAAAGUGCCCCCGGCGAUGAGUACAAUUUCCCAGACAAAUGGGUUCAAUUCAUCCUAAACCUUCCCGCUGCCUUUUCUCAUCACCGCACCCAGUGCGUGAUUGAGAAGGUUGAUGCCUUGUGGGACAGCGUUCUGCACCGACUCACUCUGGGUGGUGCCGCCAGUUUCAGUGCCUGGUGGAUGACCAAGGUUUUCUUCCACGAAAUGAUGGUUUGGCAGGCCGAGAAGGGCGGAUUCAUGCGCAACACCCCCGGAUCCCUGCAAAGUGCGACCUUCGGUCCGGAGUCGCUUGGCAAUUUUCAGAUGAAGCCAGCUGUCCCCGAGCAGUCCCCUUUUGAAGGGACUCAGCCCCAGACCAAGUCCAAUGAUAGCCCUGUUCCCCCAAACGGCCAGGUCCCUACCAAUGGCCAUUCGGAUUUUAAACACCCGCCCAACGAGAAGCGACUGUCACUCGCCGAUCCGGGCUUCCAAGCUCACAACAAUGACGACAGUGCCAUCGACCUUGAAGAUGAUACCAUGUUAAUGGCAGUUGGCAAAUACGGAGACAUGAUGGUCUCCGAUCCCGCCGACGCUGAGGGCGAUGUGGUCGUCAUCUAA